ACAGGGUUUUGAAUCAGGGAAUAACACUUCUUUAUCUGAAUUUGGUCCCGUUGAUAAGAAAUAGAAAGAGGAAGAGGGUAAGAAAUUAAUGGCGUUCGGCGCGUUGAGAGCUCCAGGCGCGCCUUCUUCUGGAUUCGGCGGCUUCGGUUCGAGUCCCGCACCCUCUUUUCAGCAGCAGCAACAGCCGAGUGUGCAAAGCCAACAACAUAUUCAUCUCUUCACCAACGAAAAAACGCCUGUAACAUAUCAAACCAAGUGGGCCGACAUUCAUCCUGAUUCGCAGAAGCUUCUAUUGCAAAUCGAGGAAAGAAUUUUGGAGUAUAGGCAUGAGAGUCAGAUGCUUGAUCAGUGUGGCCGGUUGUAUGACGUUUCAGCAUUGAAUGAGGAUUUUGAGCAUGAUGCUGCUCGUAUAUUGCAGGAACUUAGAGGAAAUAGCACUGCUUUAGAAAGAGAGAAGGUGCUGCUCCAGGAGCUAAUGAAUGUUGUGAAUGGUAUGCUGAGAAAUGCUGAGGUUGCAGUUCGAUCUUUUAUGAUUAUACGGCCCAGGUUCAUUCGUCCAGAGGCUUCACCUAGUACUCAGCCUGCAACGACAACAGCAGUAUCGACCAAUUUUCCAAAUUCAACAGCCUCGCAGAUACCUACUUCUACUACAUCUUUGAUGGAUUUUUAUAGUGGGUUACCAAAAAAACCAUCUCCAUUUUUACAGCAGACAGUUGCCAGGUUUGAGAGACAACUUGCAGAGUGCAAACAGUGGAUUGAAGAGUUAGAGCGCUUGCUUCUUUCUGCAAAUGAUGAGGCUGUGAGCUCAAGUUCUGAUCUGACACUGUUGCAGUCUUUGCCAUCAGUAAUAUCCAACACACAUGAUUUCUUCAUAUAUGUUGCUGCUGAGGUUGAGACUAUCCAUCAGCGAAUAGAAUCAAUGCGUGCUGCUUAUCUUGCUGAUCAACGCCGCAGGGGAGAUGAGAGUGAUCCUUUCCUUGAGGCUGAUAGAAGGGAACUGGCAAAGCGAGAAGCAGCAGCAAAGAGAGUUCAUCCAGCAUUGCAUGCUUCAUCUUUUUCACAGCCUUCUACUCAGGUUACUGGAUUAUUCACAAGUUCAGUAGCACCUGCGACUGGCUUUUCUGGUGCAUCUCCUUCCACACAGUCAAGUCAGGGGGCCUUUUCUUCUUCUGGAGUGGGGUUUUCUAUGUUUAACACUCCAGCAUCAUCCUCUUCGAGCUCAUCCUUUCUUUUGUCAGCGCCAACGGCCUCUUCAUCUAGUGCGUUUGGUUCUUCUGCGGCCUCACAGACACAAGCAAUGUUUGGGUCUUCUCAAACAUCCUCAAUAUUUGGGGCAAAUACUUCUUCCUCUUUUCCAUUAACCACAGCAACUGCAAGCACUUCAUCAGUGUUUUCUACACCAGCUUUUGGCACAGGGUCCACUUCUGGUAAUUUGUUUGGUGCAUCUUCAGGGAGCACAACAAAUUUGUUUGGAGCAUCGGCUUCACCUUCUCCAAGCCUUUUUGGUGGUGCUGGAAAUGCUUCAGGUUCAAGUUUUGGAGCAAAUACCAAAUCUACAAAGCCCAAGCCUCGAACAUCACGGCGCUAAGUUGUAGAGAGUGUUUAUAUUUGGAGAAUUUGUUUGAGGUUGCUGAGCGCAAAUGUUAAUCGGCAUUGUAUGUGAUCAAAGAAAUCAGAUCGAGAUAUGAUUGGUUUCUUAGACUAUUCUGUAUAAGCAUUGAAGUGGUAUGUUAGAGGAACUAGUCUAAUCAUACCUCUCGUUGCUCGCUGUUCUCUUCGGUAGUGAAUAGAUUGUGGGUUUGAAACAAAGGGGUAAUGAAUCUCCAUUAAAGGCAUCCCCACCAUUGCCCAUUGCUUCAGCAAUUUUGGUAACUUAAUUCUGACAAAUGAAAUAAUUCUACGCAUUACAAGAAACACCUUAAUUAGCCUAAUUUGGACAGUUGAUGCAGAUUUCUGACAGACAGGUUACAGAAGCAACCUUAAUAGAGAUAUUCCACAAUAUUAUCAGAUGAGCUUACCUCAGGUUUCUGUGACAAUAAGUGAAGCAAUGUGGGAUUGUAGCUGGUUCUUUGCAAAUAGCGACAGUUAUUAGUAAAGAGCAGUAUACAAGAGAACUCUGUAUGCUAAAGACUUCUAAAUUAUGAGGUCAAAGCAGUUUGUUCAGAGUUAUGUAGAUUAGUUUGUGUGAGAUAUCUAUAUGAACAAUUUUUUACAUUUGACCUAAAGUUACCCGCAUCACAAUUACGUUAUGUUUUCUCGUAAAUAUGAUUCAGAAUUUCCAUUUUAUUUUCAUC